CCGCAGUCGGUUUAGCUAUCGAAGUGCGAGGUUGGAGGCCGCACUUUUUUUUCGAAUCCGGUUCCCCACUGGGGUCAUGCCUCUCACCGCCUGAAAGAAGUCGCUAGAAUAGUCGCGGAGCACCGGAAGUAUAAUCUGAGGAUGUACCACUGCCUACGAUCCGUCAAGAACAGGUUCACGUUCAAAUUGGCGACUGCACUAGAGUGUGAGACAUGAGACGAUGGAGUGAGAAGAGGUCAAGUGAUCGGGCCAAAGUCGCGUAAGAAGACCUUAGCGGAGACUAGCGGAGACUAUAGCUAUACACUUCCUUUGGUAGUGACGAAAUAUUGCGCGCGCUUUACGGCCACCCAUCAUGUCCUUGUCCCCAUCUGCGGUAACAUCAAACAUCUCAGAUAUCCCAUCUAAACGGCGCAGGACACACAGUCUUAUCGCACAAAGCAGCAACAACAAUCAUCAAGACAUGAGCCAAUCUCCUGCGGAUACAGCCCAUUCGUCACAACCGCCACAAGCCGCCGCACACAUACCCAAGAGAGGCGCAAGAGCUUGUACUGCUUGCAGGAAAGGUAAAAACAGAUGUGAAGGAGAGGCUCCUUGUCGUCGAUGUCAGUUGAGUGGAACUGCUUGUGUUUUCGAAAAACCAGAGAAGAAAAAUGCAAAUGCCAUGCCUGGCGCCAGUGUUGAGCGCUUGUCUCGCCUCGAGGGUCAAUAUCUGGUUAUGCAGAGUCAGAUGAUUGGCAUGCAAUCCUCCUUGGACCGUAUCUUGUCCACCGUUCAGAGCCAGGCCUACGGUACUCAGCACCAAGGGUACUCUGGGGGCAUGACUUCUGGGCCCAGUCGCGAUGGCUCUGGAUUUAUAUCGCGGAACGGGUAUGAUGCGCACGGACAUGUGGGAGGGCAAAGCUCCCAGCCACGCUCCCAAACGAGAUCAUUCCCGCCACUUCCGGGAUUCGCUCCACCGCCUCACAAAUAUGCAACUUAUGGUAUUGUGCCCAGCACUACACCAUCGUCAGAUGACGAGUCUGAGGAAACGCUGCCUCGUGCCUCGCUCAACGCGCCUAUUGAAGCUCUUCAAGGUUUGGCAAAUGCUGCCGCAGAAGCAGCCGCUGCGCCAUCCGCGUCCCCACCAAGGGUCAAAAAGCGCCCGCGGGUGGAGCCCAUUCCCCGGAAUGCAUUCCCGCACGUCAUUGAAAAGGGCCUUGUCUCUGAAAACGAGGCGCGGGAACUCUAUCAUAUUUUCUUCGCUGGUUGUCACGUCUUCAUACCUUUGUUCGAUCCGAAUUAUGACACAUUCGAGAGCUUGAUGGAACGCACUCCGUGGACGUUUGACGCGAUACUUGCUAUUGCAAGCAAAAUCAGGAGUGGCAAUGGGCCGCUCAGCCCAACGUUCUACAAGUGUCUAGAAGAAGCGCAGGGCAUUUCCCGUUCGUCAUUAUUUGGCCCGGUAGUGAGGAAGGAAGCUGUUAUGGGGAUGCUACUUUUAGCUGCAUGGAGUACGAAUGGAUGGCUCCCUAGUGGCCACGCAAUGCGGAUGGCGUUAGAUCUUGGUCUUCACCGAGCAUUGGAGAAGCUCGCUGAUGACUCAGGGAAAAACCGCACUGAGGAAGAGGAACGUGACCUGGUCGUGUCGGCGCGUAUUUGGCUAUGCCUGUACUGGUUUGAUCACCAGAUGAGUCUUGGCACUGGUCGCCCUAUUGUACUGCGAGAUGAAAGCUCCAUUCGACACUGUCGUAUUCUUUUGUCGCAUCCAAUGGCAUCACCAACGGAUGUAAGGCUGAUCUCGCAAGUGGAGCUUAUUGCUCAAAAAACCCAGAUCUACGAAACUCUCGCGCCCCUCAAUGGACAGGUUAAUCACAAUACGCUUGCCUUUAUCCGGCGUGCAAACGUUGCACUCGACAAGUGGUGGCAAGACUGCGACAAUCUUCAUCGCCAGACGAUGGACGAGAAUUCUCUUCCGAGAAAAAUACUCGUCGGAGAAUUACAUUAUGCUAAACUCUGGCUCGUCUGCGUAGCUCUUCGAGGUGUAUCGUGGGAUAAGAUGCCUUUUGAGCAACGUGAACUUGCGUUCCAGGCGAAGGAUGCUGCUUUUAACUGCCUUUCUAUCUUCCUCAACUCUGCUGAGUACCGUGCGGCCUUGAGAUAUGCAGUCCAUGACAGUCUCGUAACGGCGGCAUUUUCUGGCCUCUUCCUGCUCAAGAUGGCAAACUUGUUUCCUGCCGAGCUUGACCUCACCGCGAUCACAGCGCAAGUCGAGCAGCUCGCACAGCUCCUCUCUGAUGUUGCAGCCGAACGCUAUGCCCUAACGCUACGUAUAAUGCUUGCCAAUCUCCGGCGCAAAGUUGGGAUGAUUGCGGGGCUGAGCGCGCCUAUGACCACCAUGCCCCCGCCGACCUUGAACGAUGGAAUUGUUGCACACGGCUCAGGGCCUUACAUUGAUCAAUCAGGACCUGCACCUUUCACAAUGGAGGAACUGGGCCUUGCAUGGCCAAACGAGCGUAUCACAUUCAGCCCAAGCGCGAUACCUAUGUGGUUGCAGGAGAAGAACCUGACGGACCUGGGGCUACCUGUAAAUGGGAGCGAUGGAAUAUUCAUGGAUGUCAAUGGCAUGCAUGGCUGGAGUGGAGACUUUGCACCAAUGCCAGGGGCAUGGUGAGGACGCGAUUGUACAUAUGGCAGCGACGAUUCCGCGCGCUGAGGGCUGGUAAUAUGCACCAUUUUUGUCUGAUAUUAUAUUUAUCCGUCGGUCUUCCUUGCUCGCUUUGCUUGUUUGUGUCCCGCUUUUACCUGUUCAUGCUUUUUUUUCUUACAUCAGUAUCGAUAA